GGAGAGGGGAGGGAGCAGGUCCAAGCCCAGCUUGCGCACCCAGCCAGCGCUCAGCAGCGCCUGUGCCAAAAGCCAGCUUUCUUAAAGCCAUGGGCCCGGGGGCCGGCUUUGCAGGCGGAGGGGAACCGGCGAGCAGGGGCUGGGAAGUCCAGAGGGGAGCCCUCAGCCUCCGGGGUCACCAUGGACAUAACGUACCUGCGCACACCCCUGGCCUUCUUUCUUCUCCCUCUUGUUGUGCUUGGGGCACCCACUGAUGAACCCAACCUCACAGAACCAGCCCCUGGUACUUGCAAGCGCUGUUGUGACCCACCGGACUCUUCCACAGAUGCCCCACCGCUCCCUCCCAGCCACCAGCCCUGGCCCUACCCAGUGCCAGAGGUCCGUCCCUAUAUCAACAUCACCAUACUGAAGGGAGACAAAGGAGACCGAGGAGAGCCUGGGAUGCCAGGGAAAUGGGGCAAAGAAGGACCACGAGGUGAGCGGGGUGCCCAGGGCCCGAAAGGCAGUAAAGGACAGAUGGGCACAGCAGGAGACCCCUGCAAGCAUCAGUACGCUGCGUUCUCCGUUGGUCGCAAGAAAGCGCUGCACAGUAGUGAGGGCUUCCAGGUCUUGAUCUUCGACACCGUCUUUGUCAACCUCUACAGCCACUUUGACAUGUUCAAUGGCAAAUUCUACUGCUAUGUAGGUGGACUUUACUAUUUCAGCCUCAACGUCCACACCUGGAACUUCAAGGAGACCUACAUGCACAUCAUGCACAAUGAAGAAGAGGCGGUCAUCUUGUACGCCCAACCCAGCGACCGCAGCAUCAUGCAGAGCCAGAGCCUCAUGCUGGAGCUUCAGGAAAAUGAUGAGAUCUGGGUGAGGCUCUACAAGCGGGAGCGGGAGAAUGCCAUUUACAGUGAUGAUGUUGAUGUGUACAUCACCUUCAAUGGGUACCUGGUCAAGCCCAGCCUUGACUAACUGACCCUCCUCCUCCUUGGGGCCUCUUUGGCCUUUUCCUUCUUCCUCUCUCUCUCCCUUUACUGCCCGCAACCACUGCAAGUCACUUGGAAAUGGGCCUGUCAAGUCUCAGGCAUUGAGUGUGAAACUUGCCACACUGGCUCCCACCUCACGCUCUCUUGUAGCCAGGCCUGUACCUGUCCACUUACAGCGUGACACUACCAUCUCUCGUCCCCUCACCUCGUGACCCCAACUUAUGUUAUUGGCUUCUUCUAAAUCUGCCAGUAAACUGUGCCUGCCUGGCAUUUAGGGCCCUACAGCAGGAGGAAGGCUAAAAUGCUGCUCCUGGGGAUGUGUCCCUUCUUGGGGCUUCAUACACAAAAGGCUGCCAUUGAAAGGGCUAGAAAGUCCCCACUGCCCGGGUACAUUCUGGCUCCUCUCGGUCCUGACUAUAGAGGCCAGUUUUGCAGCCUACAACAUGGCCUUAAUGUCACCUGUCACACCUGUAGUCUGGAGAGCAGACUGGGGUCUGAUGGCCUCCUGUAGCACAAGGAAGAUGUAGCAGCAGUGACAGGUGACACUGUCUUUUCAAAAAGGGGACUGUUGACCUUCUGAAGUUUGUAACUGGCUUUCCUCAGACACUCUUCUGGGUCAGUGCCCAAGCUGGCUGGAAAAUCUAGGCCUGGUGGGAUUGCCCUCCUCAGUGCCAACUCUCGUUCUUUUAAGAAAUUAUGGGCCAGACAGCCAGAUCCUUCAGAGGCAUCUGCUAUUGAACCAGUAGAGCUCACCACUUAUUCCCACUAGGGAUCCUAAGUAUAGAACAAGAGAGAGAGAUAUGACCCUACCAGACCUCCCUCCCAAACUUCCCCUGGCUUGAUACUUGGUCUCAGUUCCCCAGCUCUGGGAGGCUAGUCCAGACAAUGAACCCAAAUCUGGUCUCUUCUGUAGCAGAGGUGCACUCGUGCCCUUCCAUUGGUAUCAGAGGUCAUCCUGAACACUUGUUGAUGUGAGGGAAGAGUCAGGGCUGGGUCCCGCCUUCUGUGUCCUCCUGAAGGGGGUUCUCCCACCCUGGCAUUGAGGGACCACUGUCUCAGGAUCUGACUUGGAGGUUGUAAGGGCAAUUGCAGUUAAAUCAGUUCCAAACCUGGGCAGGUUGGCACCUCUUUGCCUCUGUGAUGGAAAAAAGAUAGAGGUGAGACUACACCACCUCACUCCAGCCUUAAAAGCUUCCCUGACACGUUUUGUGCCCUUUUCUGGCAAUCUCAUCAGAGCAACUGAGAAAAACACGUGGCCAAAACAAACCCUCGCUCUUCUUGUCAGGUUAGAGAUGUUGCAGUGGGAAAGGAAUGCCAGCGGUAGGAUUUUCUAGUACCAUUUGUAUUGGUCUCACACUGCUCUCACUCACAUCCCUCUGGGAUCACUUCGGUCCUGGGGAGAGCAGGUGAGGUUCUCAGCACUUUGAGAAACCUACUUCCACAUGUCGUGAUGCUCCCGUAAACAGUGGUGCCAAGCGUUGUCAGUUUUUUGAGUCUCAGGACAGGACAAGCAGGAGAAACUGUAUUUCUCCUCUGCCCAUUACUUAUAAUGAAGUCUUCCGAUGUAUUUAGCUUCUGUGGUCUCAUGAUUAGCCAUGUCUGUAGCACCUGGGACUAACCAGAGCUCUCCCAUAGGAGAUAUGCAUCAUUAUGCAGGACUAGGUCCGGUACACUCAGCCCAGGAUGGCGAAGGCACAGGGACCCAGGCUAAAUAUUAAAAAUGAACUUGAGAGAAUUGCAGGACAUUUUCUCUCUUGCCCUGUUUACUUACCCUCCCCACUUUGCUAAGGAAGCUGUACAGACUGGAAUGAGUUUUAGGCACUUUCCACACUUAAUCCUCCCCACCACUGUCACUGAGGCAAUGGCUAUAAAAACAAGGUUUCACUAAGGCAAAGCGGGUUUUUCCCAGGAAAACAUGUGAUGAUGGGAUCAUGGGAACUAAGGGAGGAUGAGUUUCUGCCCUUCUCUUAGCAGGUCAAGCAUAUGGAAUUGCUCAGUGAUGGGAUUUCAGGCAGUAGAGAAGCAGCAGCGUGCUGGAGGUGACGCUCCAAUCUGAAUCCCAUUCUCUUUUCCUCAGCAGGCUGCAAACCCAGAUAUUGUCUAUUUACAGUGCAUAGUGCCCCUGUGUCUCCCUGAAGAGAAGCAAGCCUCUCUAACACUGAAUAUCUCUAGAAACAAGCUUCCUUCUUCCUCCUUCUCUUCUUGAUAUUUGAAUGCCAGUGAUAGGUUUCAUGUGCUAUCCAUGAGCAGCCAGAUGGUGCCUGAUGCACAUGAGAGAGGAGGGCGGGGGGACCAAAGGGUGUAUUUAACAGGCUUCUUGGUGCUAAACAAGAUGGCAAUCCCUUGGUGCUAAAUCAGAUUUCAGGAGUAUUGUGUACUUUCUGGACGGUGUAGCAGGCUGAGUUGUGAUGUACUGUGGAAUUAAUGGUGCUUUAUGUUACAAAACCAAACAAACUACGAGAACUUUUGUGUAUAUAUACAUAUUUUUUUCAGUAGUAUUAAACUUUUUUCCCUCGUU